AUGGAAGUGUCAGGACGUACAAAAUCCAACCAGGAAGAUAGAAAAGAAAACAUUUUAUGCCAGCAGUGCCACGUUGAUGGUGAUAAUGUAUCAGCAGAGGGAUACUGUGAAACCUGUAAUGAAUACUUUUGUUCGUCAUGUCUCGAAGUUCAUCGUAAGCAGUCUUUAAGCAAGAAUCACGUGAUCAAAAGUAAACAUGAAAUGCCAAGGGUCAAGAUUCAGGCCGAUCCAUGUUCUGAGCUCUGUGCUCUCCACAAAACCGAGAUAGUGAAAUUCUACUGCCAUGGACACAACUCAGUUGGAUGUGGUGAUUGUAUGGUGUUGGAGCAUAAAUCCUGCAAGGUUCAUUUAGUUUCUGAUGUUUCCGGUAACUAUGGCGACAGUGAUGAACUUGUGCAAAUAAAGAAGAAGAUAGAAGAUAUCCGGAAAGAUAUAUUAGCCUCGAAACAUGAAAUAGAACGAAGUUUGCAAGUUGCUGAGGAGGUGAAGAUCAAAGUUAUCAAAGAUAUAAAAUCCUAUCGCAGAGAAAUGAACAGUUACCUAGAUCAUAUUGAAACAUAUCUCAUACAAGAAAUUGAAAAGAUAAAUGUUAAUGAUGUUUCUCAACAAAGUCAGUUUCUAGACGAAUGCAAAGUCUUGGAAAACGAAAUCAGCGAUUUUCAGGAAAAACUCGAAAAUUGUACGGACAAGAUUAAUGAAUUGUUCGUAACAGCAAAGCUUGCACGAAUGAAAAUAAAGAAACUUCAAAGUGAUUUUGGAAAGGUUGCUUCAAGAAGUCAAAUACAUUUGUGCAAGUUUGAGCCCUGCAAAGACCUAGAAUUACUAAAACAAAACCAGGCCAAAUUAGGAAUUAUUGCGACACAAACGCAGAAAUUUACUGCACGGAUCAAGAAAAGUGUAGUUGAUAUGAAGACACACUAUGUGAAGAAGCUCGAUGUAAAAACUACUGAUGACAAAUGUACUUGUUGGAUUACAGGAUUAGCAAUGCUUUCUCCUGAUGAGCUUCUGCUUGUAGAUUAUAAUAAUAGUUCUCUGAAGAUUCUGAACGUAAGAGACGAUACAAUCACAACAAGGUAUAAGACACCUGGUAAGCCAUGGGAUGUAACAGUGAUAAAUUCAGAAAUUGUUGCAAUCACCUUACGCGUUAAAGGGAAAAUCUUGUUUAUAAGCACCAAAAACGGUCUAUCUGAUAGCCACAGCCUGGAAGUUAGAGAAGGUUGCGCAGGGAUUGAUCAUCUUAAUGGUGUCAUUGCAGUGUCCUUUACCGAGCCGCCAGCUGUCCAGAUACUGAACAUGAAAGGUGACAUCCUACAUGAAGUCAAAGAUACGAGCAUGUUUAAGUAUCCACAGUACAUAGCUUUCAGAGGUGAUAAGAGUAUUGUUGUGUCUGACUUACAUAAGCAUGCAGUGUAUGAGCUAACAGUAGAUGGGCAUCUAAAGGCAAUAAUGACGAGUGAGAAUCUUAAAUCACCAGGGGGACUGGCAGUGACCAGCAAUGGAACUGUUGUUGUUUGUGGGCAAAAUAACAGUGGAAGUUUGAGCAUGAUAGUUCCAGAUACAAGAGAAAUUCUGCCUCUAUUUAUACAACAUGUUCAGAAACCAAGGACAAUUCUUAUCUGUGAGGAAAGCAACAAAAUGUUUUUAUGUGAAAACUAUACUGCAGAUGAUCGUAAUCAUAUAAAAAUGUUUGAUCUCAGAUAA